GUUCUUCGGCCUCCACGUGUUAAAGAUGAUGAGGCUGGGAAGGGCGCCCUGCUGCUACUGCUUCACCGAGCCGCACCCCGCCGGCGGCGUCGCGGCCGCCGUCAGGCUGCGACUGCUGCCGCCUGCCCGCGCCGCGAAUACCUCCUCAGAGCCGGCGGCGCGGCUGAGGGCGGUUCUCGAGCAGGUGGACGAGGAGCUGCGGAAGGGGAACGACGAGGCCGCGCUGUCCCUCGUGCGCGGCUCGCAGGGGGCGGAUGGCGGGCUCCGGUUCUUUGGCGCGGCGAGGCAGGUACCUCAAAGACUUUAUACAUUGGAUGAGCUGAAGUUAAAUGGGAUCGAUACUUCUGCUUUCCUAUCUCCUGUUGAUCUGACUUUGGGAUCAAUUGAGAGAAAUCUCCAAAUUGCUGCAGUUCUAGGAGGGCUCUCUGUAUCAGCUGCAUUCGAGCUUUCUAAACUCCAAGUUCUGUUUCUGUUUUUGGGUCUACUAUCUCUGUGGUCGGUGGAUUUGGUAUAUUUCGGUGGUGGAGUGAGAAACUUGAUUCUUGAUACAAUUGGUCACAAUCUUAGCCAGAAGUAUCGUAAUAGAGUUAUUCAGCACGAAGCUGGCCACUUCUUGAUAGCGUAUUUGCUUGGGGUCCUUCCCAAAGGAUACACUAUCACAAGUUUAGAUACAUUCAUAAAAAAGGGCUCACUGAAUGUGCAAGCUGGGACAGCUUUUGUUGACUUUGAGUUCCUUCAAGAGGUCAAUUCAGGCAAACUAUCUGCCACGAUGUUGAACAAGUUCUCAUGCAUUGCCUUGGCUGGAGUAGCAACAGAGUAUCUUUUGUAUGGAUAUGCUGAAGGAGGACUAGCUGACAUUGGGCAACUAGAUGGAUUGCUCAAAGGUCUAGGUUUCACCCAGAAGAAAGCUGAUUCACAGGUGAGAUGGGCUGUGCUGAAUACUGUACCUGCACUGCGUCGCCAUAAAAAGGCCAGAUCACAGCUCGCGGAGGCAAUGUCCUCUGGGAAGUCAGUUGGAUCUUGCAUCGGGGUCAUAGAAGAGAAUAUAAACUCUGAGGAUAUUUAGUUAGUGACUAUAAAGAUGAUGGAAAAUAUAGAUCACAUAUGUACAAACUUUCACAAUGGACUGUACCUUUUAACUUGGGCUUUGUAUUUAGUCUGUUAGCAGGAAAUACAUGUCAAAAUCAUGGUUUUUAUUCAGUUUCAUAUAUUAAACGUUUAAGUCUACGUUCCGGAGGUGGGAUAAUGAUAUUUUAUGGUGGAUGCUUGAUGAUA